AUGGCCAUGCCUUUCGAAGCCGUCCAUGAGGAGUCCGAGGAGGAGUCGAAGGUCUCCCCUCCAAGCUCCCGCGGUUGGGUGAAGAAAGUCGCUUUGGUGGGAGUGCUGGGCCUUGGGGUCCUUGCGCUUGUCCUGACCAUGCCAGGCGCGAAGAAGUGCCAAUCCUUGGAUUUCGGAGCUUUCCAGGGCAAGUCCUCCCUGGGCUUGCAUGCGCAGAUGUCUCUCAAGGCGAAAGCCUUGAAGAGCGUCAAGAACCGCAAGCUGGCCGAGAAGAUCGUGCUUAAGGCCAUGAGGAAGACUGGGCGCAAGUACGCAGAUCUGUUUGACAAGAAGCAGACUCGUGCGCUGCCUGCAGACCCAGCCGACGCUGGCCGUGAGAUGCUCACCAAGGAAGAGAUCAUUGCCUACAGGGCAGACAAGAAGGCGAAGCGAGCUCGCGAGGCUACAAACGCAUACUGUGCUUUCAACGUGCUCGAGGCCUUUGUCUCCGUGGUGGGCCUGGGUGACGACAUCAACGCCAUCAUCAGGGUUUGCCCUCCCCCUCGCGAUGGCGAGUCCGAGCUUGCGUGCCAGGUGGACGCUGCCAUCCUCGUGACCUGGGUGGGCAACGCUGCCGCAAGGUUGGCUUACGCAGCCUCGAACUGUGCCACCACCCUCAACGUCAACGCCGUGUGCGCCGUGGGCGUUACCGGCUUGGUCGCCAUCAUGGGCGAGUUGGCAGCCACAGCAUCGCUAGCAGCGGCUACAUGCACAGGUGUGCCACCUGAGCUCAGCACCACACAGGUCGGUCUGCUUGGAGACCAGACUGUGCGAGGAAACGCCGGGCGACGACUGCUUGUCGGCGAGGGUGCCAUUGGUGUUGGCGUGCAAUGCGGGGUGAACAUCGGAAUGGUGGUGGCCAACAUUGCCAACAUGGGCAUUUCCAUCAAUUCGGCAGUGAACAGCGGAUUCUGCGGCCGCAUCAACCGCCAGGGACCCAUUAACAAGGUCACCGGAGUCUUCGAUGCCCUCUGCACGGUGGACAUUGGUGGUGCGAUUGCCUACAUGAGUCAGGUUGUCACCUUCAUCAACCUUAUUGUGGUUCACUGUCAGGAUUUGCUGGAUGUCAGUGCGCUGUGCGGCGCAAGCAUCUCAGGCAUAAUUACUGCUGCCGCGGCCGUCGCCCCCUUCGGUGCCGCUGUGCAUGCGGGCUGUGCAAAAGGUAGCAUCCUCAAGGCAAAUCCGGUGUCUGCAGCGAAGGGCGCUGCCAUCAGCUCCUUGUACACCGCAAAGCUCGGCUUCAACGCCUCUAUGCCCAGCUUGUACUCUGAGUCAAACAUGGAGCAGCUGAUCCAGCUCCUGGAUGACGGCGUGACCGACGACUCGGAGAAGUCGUUCAUGCGUGGGUCGUCAUCCUUGACCGGCGAAGAGUGUGAGGAGUAA